AAAAGUAACUUCACUUUUUUCAAUAAAAAAAAAUUUAAUUUAAUAAUUUUAUUAUGUCGGAAGCAAAAAAGAAAAUUGUUCUUGCCUACAGUGGAGGUUUAGAUACAUCUUGUAUUUUAAAAUGGUUAAUUGAAAAAGGAUACGAUGUGAUUGUUUACGUGGCUGAUAUUGGUCAGGAGGAAGAUUUCGCAGCUGUUAGGGAGAAGGCUUGUAAAAUAGGUGCUUCGAAGGUAAUUAUUGAAGAUUUAAAAGAAAAAUUCAUCGUUUCGUAUGUGUGGCCUUUCGUGAAAUGUGGAUUAUUGUAUGAAGGAAGAUAUCUACUGGGAACAUCAUUGGCACGUCCUUGCAUCAGCGAAGGUUUAAUUAAUGCAGCGAAAAAGGAAAAUGCGAAAAUUAUUUCUCACGGAGCAACUGGAAAGGGAAACGAUCAAAUUCGAUUUGAACUUAGUUGUUACACUCUCUAUCCGGAAGUGGAGAUAGUCGCUCCAUGGAGAGAUGCGGAAUUUUUCAAUCGAUUUCAAGGCAGAUCUGAUUUAAUAGAUUAUGAAAAAAAUGGAAUUCCAGUGUCGGCGACUCCAAAAGAUCCUUGGAGUAUGGAUGCCAAUCUUUUGCACAUUAGCUAUGAAUCGGGAAUUUUAGAAAAUCCGAAUAAUUCUGCUCCUGAAAAUUUGUAUAAAUUGACGAAAGAUCCAUUUAUUUGUUCUGAUAAAUUUCAAGAGAUAGAAAUUAAUUUCAUAAAAGGAGUGCCAAAUUCAGUGAAGGAUUAUGAAACAAAACAAAUUAUUUGUGGACCAUUAAAAAUCAUGGAAUUUCUUAAUUUAGUCGGUGGUAAUAAUGGAAUUGGAAGAAUUGAUAUUGUUGAAAAUCGAUAUAUCGGAUUGAAGUCAAGAGGAAUUUACGAGUCACCAGGAACGAAAAUUCUUCACGAUGCACACAAAGAUUUGGAAAUUUAUCUUCUGGACAGAGAAGUCCUGAGACUCAAAUGUUAUUUGGCUGAUAAAAUGUCAGAUUACGUUUACAAUGGUUUUUGGUUUUCGCCUGAAUGCGAUUUUGUUAAAAAUUGUUUGGAGAAUUCCCAAGAAUUCGUUAGCGGAUCGGUUCGACUUCGACUUUAUAAAGGAAAUGUCUUCAUAAUGGGACGUUCGAGUGAAAUUUUGCUUUACAACGAAAAACUUGUCUCAAUGGAUGUGAAAGGUGAUUUUCAACCGGAAGAUGCUGGAGGAUUUAUUCGAAUUCAAGCGGUAAGAUUAAAAGAAUAUCAAAGAUUUAAGCUUCAACAGAAUUCGAAAAAAUUGAAUUAAAAAAAAGCGAGAAAGAGAAAGAACAGAGGAAGAAUGAAACAAAAGAAGGAAAUAAACAACAAUUAAUUCACUAUCGUACUCUCUUUUAUUCAAAUUAAUAAUUAAUUCAAAAUAACUUAUAUAUCUUAACUUAAAUUAUAUAUUUAUAUUUAUAUAAACUGAACUUAAAAU